CCUCCUCCUCCUCCCAUCGGCUCCACUGACUCCACUCCGUCGGUCACUCCCUGCUUUGCUUUGCUCUGUCUCAUCUCAGCUCGAGGUCAUCAAUGGCGGACGAGGGCACGGCAAAUUGCAUCGAUAUUAUUCUCGCCAUCAUCCUCCCUCCUCUCGGUGUCUUCCUCAAGUUCGGAUGCCAGGUGGAGUUCUGGAUCUGCCUUCUGUUGACGCUGUUCGGGUACAUCCCGGGAAUCAUCUACGCCGUGUACGCCAUCACCAAAUAAACAACAACCAGCCCUAAGCUGUACAAUACUAGAUCUGGCGAUCGACGAAACCUUCCGCUUCUGUAUGGUUUGCUUGUUUAAUUGGAGGUCGUUUUAAUUUCCAUUGUGAUUUAUUUCUUGGAAAACUAAUUUGAUUCUCGAUUAUAUUGUGUUGAUGUGUAAGUUAGUGUUGUACGGGAUUGAAUAAAUAAGUUGUUAAUUAGUUUGGAGUUGGAUCUGCA